UUUUUUUUUUUUGAAUGAUCAUACUAUGAUUGAAUCCAACCAUAUUCUUGACUCACCUACAUCAACAGUGACCUCGACUUCUUCUAGAUCAGAUUCACCGCAACCUUCUUCCACAUCGUCAUCAUCGAAACGUCCUCCUUCUGUGGUGGUGGAAACUUUAGGAGCAAUCACGUCAGAAACAAAAGAAGGUCUUCGUAAAAUCAACAAUUAUUUACUCAAACAAGAAAUCGGUCGAGGUGCUUUUGGAACAGUUCAUCUUGGUAUCGAUACUACAACUCAAACUGAAUAUGCCAUCAAGGAAUUCAGUAAAUCAAGAUUACGUCGCAAGGAACAAUCUGAAAUGUUACGUCGUCGUGGAGGACCUAGAGGACGUGGGCGUGGAUUAGGGGUAGGACGUGAGGCGGUACCUGCAUCUUCCAAUCCUUUGGACCUUGUGCGUGGUGAAGUCGCUAUCUUGAAGAAAUUACAUCAUAUCAACGUUGUUAAAUUAUUCGAAGUAUUGGAUGAUCCUAAUGAUGAUUCUAUCUAUAUGGUGUUUGAAAUGGCUCAUAAAGGUGUUUUGAUGUCUAUUUCUAUGGAUGAAACAGCCACUCCUUAUUCGGAAGAACAAGCACGACAUUACUUUAGAGAAAUGAUUUUAGGGAUUGAAUAUUUGCACAACAACGAUAUUGCUCAUCGAGAUAUUAAACCAGACAACUUGUUAAUAUCAAAUGAUGAUAUUCUCAAAAUUGUGGACUUUGGUGUAUCAGAAAUGUUUGUGAAAGGAAAUGACAAAUUGGUGAAAUCGGCUGGAAGCCCUGCAUUCAUGGCUCCUGAAUUAUGUAUAGCUCGACAUGGUGAAGUGUCUGGAAAAGCUGCAGAUAUUUGGUCUAUGGGGGUUACACUAUAUUGUUUAGUAUUUGGUCAUCUUCCUUAUUCUAGUUCAAAUAUAAUUGAACUCAUGGACAAAAUCAGGGAUGAUCCUGUUGAUUAUAGUGGAAAUCAAAAUAUAUCUGUAGAUCUUUUGGAUAUAUUACAACGAUUGUUAGAUAAGGAUCCUUCAACGAGAAUUACCAUGCAUGAACUACGGCAGCAUCCUUGGGUGACGCAACAUGGUACUGAUAUGUUGAUUUCUGAAGAAGAAAACUGUGAAAUGGUGGUGACUGAAGUGACAGAUGAUGAUAUUCAUAAUGCCAUCAAAAGCAUUGCAAGUAUAUUGACUGUGGUGAAAGCGGUGGCCAAAUUCAAACGACAUUCAAGAUCUUUAUCUCAACAAUCUUUAAGCAAGCUCUCUGCAUCUAUAUCUCCAGAUCAAGAUCAAACAAUGUUGGUGAAUGCUACUUCUGCUCUAGAUAUUCAAUCCAAUGUUUAAACCCCGUAGAAACUGUUAAUAUUUUUUUUUUCAAAGACGCGCCCUCUCUUUUUCA